CAUGUUUAGCUGCUUUGUUGUAGAUUUCUUGUAGGUUUCCUGCAGAUUUUUUUAAGUGUUGCAAUGGAGCCGAGCUGGAGUUCAUUUUUAUUUCAGCAGGCCAAUGAAGCCCUUCACCACCAGCAUCAGGUCACGCAGAACAACCUGCUGCCUCUGCUCAACUCUGAGCCGCAGGAUCAAAAGCCUGUUCUCCCCAUCCCGCUGGACCAGAAGCCCCCAAUCAUUUCAUCCGACCUCCUCAAAGACAACAUGGGCGGCGGGGCGGGUGGAGGAGGAGGCGGUGGAGGUCCGGUGGUUAUAAAAAAAGAGCCCAAAUCAAAAACACCCUUCAUAUGCAGCUACUGCAGCAAGGCCUUUCGGGACAGUUACCACCUCCGGCGGCAUGAGUCCUGUCACACGGGCAUUAAGAUGGUGUCCCGGCCCAAAAAGACCACCACAGCGCCCACCAUGGUGCCUCUCAUUUCCACUGUGCCACGUGACAACAACGGAAACCCAUCUUAUGUGUCAACAGUGGCGGGCAUCCUCACCACGGCAACCACCUCAGCAUCCACAGCUGCAGGCAUCAUGUCAGUUCUGCCCCAACAGCAGCCAACCGUACCCAAAAAACCCCCCAAACCGGUAAAGAAGAACCACGGCUGUGAGAUGUGCGGCAAGGCCUUCCGGGACGUCUACCACCUCAACCGGCACAAGCUCUCGCACUCGGAUGAGAAGCCCUUCGAGUGCCCCAUCUGCCACCAGCGCUUCAAGAGGAAGGACCGCAUGACAUACCAUGUGCGCUCGCAUGAUGGCGGCGUGCACAAGCCCUACAUCUGCUCCGUUUGUGGGAAGGGCUUCUCUAGGCCAGAUCAUCUAAGCUGUCAUGUCAAACAUGUACACUCCACAGAACGACCCUUUAAAUGCCAAGUAACGGCCUGCACAUCGGCCUUCGCCACCAAAGACCGUCUGCGUUCACACAUGAUACGACAUGAAGGCAAAGUCACCUGCAACAUCUGUGGGAAGAUGCUGAGCGCCGCCUACAUCACCAGCCACCUCAAGACCCACGGCCAGGCCGGCUUCACCUCACCCUGUAACAAAGACUCUAACAAUGUGUGCAACUCUGCCUCAGCCACACCGGUCACUGCCUCAACCGCGUCCAACACUACGGCAAUGAUCCGCGGCAGCGCCAGCAACCCCGUCACCAUCGCCGCCCAGAUGAACAUCACCACCAACACCGUCAACAUCACGUCCCCCAUCAGCCUUCAACACCCAGUCACCAUCACUGCCCCAGUCAACAUCGCCUCAGUCAACAUCCCGGCCACGGCACCGAUGAACAUCGCCCAUCCUGUCGCGAUCACCUCGCCCAUGUCAAUGAACAUCACCGGGCCACUCAACAUCGCCAUGAGGUCUAUGGAAAGCAUGCCUUUCCUUUCGCAGGUCCUGCCUUCCUCUCCUCCCUGGUAGAGCCCAGACGUCCCGUCUCAUUCCGGGCCCUCUUAAACCUUGUGUCCCAUUUUAGUCUUCCUCUCCUGCUGCGAGGGGUGAAAAAGGCGAGUUUAGGAAAAUGACUGUCCGCAGCAGCAAGGAAUCAUGCGGAUGUUAGCUGGCACUUUGCGUCUCCAAAUUGUUUAGAGUUUAGUUGACAGACAAAAAAAAACGAAAAUAGUUAUUGCAUGGAGUGGAAGACUGACAUGCUGUACGUUUGGUGAUUUUUCUCAAUUUUCUAGUGCCAGAAAAUUGUCAGAAGUGGAGCACGUCGCCGCUUCAUUGUUAGUGUUAACGGUUUAAAGACUUUGGCGAAUAUUAACUGUGAGGAUUUUUAUUUUUGUUACAUUAGCUUGCUUAUCAGUAUUUCAUAGGUUUAUGCAUUUUUAAUGAGUCACGUACAACAAAAGGGACAGUGGCUUCCGCUAAUGGAAGACGAGAGGGUUUUAUUAUCUUUUAUUUUGGAGACAAUACUCUACAAAUGAGGAAAACUGAAAUUUAGAGUGAGUUUUGUUUUUAAGAGGCCUCCUUUUGUUGCCUUUUAAUCUGUAGCUGUGUUUUUAUUCUCAUAAUUAUUCUAAUUAUUAUUCUUUAUAGGUAAUCUUUGGAGUUGGUCAUUCCUGAUUGUAGAAUAAUUACAUUCUGUUUCAGUAGCCGGAAUACACUUCUGCUUAGUGGGGUUGAACAUUUAACAAUCUGAUGAGCUCUUGCACUGAACACAUAUCUCUUUGGUGAUAAUUCUGACGGCAGUAUUAUUUUAGAUCAAAUAUUUUGAGUGUUCGUAUAUAGUUGCCUGGUCACCAAGUGGCCGACUUCAACACUGAAAUGUCCAUUUUUAUUCUGAAUUUUAUCUUAAGAGCAUUUAGUUUUGUAACAGUGACGUAUCUGCUCUUCCUUUCCGAAGGAUGAGGGCUGUUUUUUCCUAAGGAUCUUUUGCUCAGGAAAUUUGCUGAGGGUUUCCCAACUUGCUGUGCUCCUGUGGUGGAUAAAAUCACGGCUAACGCUUUCUUCCAGACCUAGUUUUCUACACACUAAAUGUCGUUCCAUUUGUUGGAGAAUGAAACAAACAAACUGAGAAGCAUCUCAGAGGUCGAGGUGCCAAAUACUGUUCAGCUAUUGACGUGAUUGUCCAUUCCAGGAGCAUAAAGUUAACCCCUGUUGCGUGUCCGUUUACCCUGUCACCAUAAAAACCAAAACUGCCUUCAAAUUUUCAGGGCUUGUUCGGAGUAACCCUGUUCUAAAUAACUGAUUGGCCAUCGCAGAUGUCCCCAAACUAGCUUUUCUCAUUGAUUUCUCUCUUUUUGUCGGAUAUAUAAAAGCAAUAUGCCUUUCACAGUCCUCCUGUUGACCCAUCCGGACAACUGUCGCACCCGUAUUUAUGUGUUAUGAUAUGGGGAAACUGAUGCAAGGUAUGUUGUCACGUGUCUCCCUCUGAACUGGGGUUCGGUUCGCUUGUAUGAUAUGAAUGAAUCUGAAACAAAGAGUAAAACCAGCUGAAUGUGAUCAUAUUUUAAAUGAUGAUGAUGUCAUAGUUACCACCGUGGGGGUGCAAAUUGUGCUGUGAGAAAUAGUGUUUGCGUUUGGAGAUUAGUUCACCCUGAAAGUUUUAAUUCUGUCAUCCAUUCGCCCGAAUGAAAUUUGUUUGUCUUUAUGAAAACACUUUUUUUUAAUUAAGAAAAUUCGAGAGAUAUUCUUUGUUCCCAAAAUUGCUUUAAAAUGUUUGUAAACAGAUAAAAAUAUAAAUCUAUAUUACCCAUUCUGUUUAACCCAAGUCUUCUAAUUAACAGCUUGAAUCUAGGCUUUUAUACACAUACAAACAUAAACAAUACCUCAACAAUAUCUGAGUGAUACAUGCGGAUAAACCUAAUUGGUUUAUGCAGAGGAUCAAAUAUGUUGAUGUGACAGAAGUGAAGAUCAUUGGUUUUUGCUCAAGCAAGCAUGCUUCUGUGUCCAUAUUUUUAAAGUCUGUGAAAUCAAUGUGCUAGAAAACAUUGUUAUUCUUUAGCUGAAAAAAUGCUGCAGGUUAAUCCACCAUAAAAAAAUUGUUUCGGUAAUCUUCAAUCAAAGUCUGACCAUUUAAUUCUGCGUUUGAAGUGGCGGUCUUUCUCUGUUAUUAUCAGUUUGAUGGUCUGAGCCACAAUAUUCGGUCAACAUACUGAGAUAAAAGUCUCAGCAACUUCCGGUUCAUUCAGACUUUAGUGCUGUAAAAUAGCCGUACACUGUUAAAAAUACUUGGCUCCACACAAUCGAUUUGUGUUGGGACAACAUGAAGGAAUUAAGUUAACUUAUUAUUUUAUUUUAUUUUUUACUAAUUUAAUGGAUUGAACAUAAAACAGUUAGGUUGUCAUGUACUUGCAUCAAAAAAUAAAUACAAUGUACUUACUGUGUUUAAAAUGUAUUUGAGAACACUUGUGGUGCUCUUGAGUUGAGAUACAGGUGUUAUGGGCAGGUUUGGUGUUAUGCACUGUAAAAAGUAAUUAGUUACCUAAAGCGAGUAAACCAAUCGCCUUAAAAGCAACAAGUUGACUUCACAAAGAUAAUGUAAGUAAACCCAUUAUAACUUGGAACUGUUAAGUGGAUUUAAUUUUUAUAAUAAUGCUAAUUGUACUCACUUUUUUAAAGUGAGCUAAUCGCUUUUUACAGAGUCAGAUCAUUUUAGCAAAUCUGUUUUUAAAUAAUUACUCUAAUUAUUACAAUAUUACAUAUUUUGUGCUUUAUUAAGUCUAUAAAAUCUACAAUUGUAGCCUGUAUUGAAUCUACCAGAUACACUGGAGUCUGGAAGAGCAGAUUUAUUUUAGUUACUGUCAUUUUGCUAGAUACAGAAAAGCUGGGAAAAAAACCAAAUAUAAUAAAUGUGUACUGGAAAUGGUUUACUUUUAUUUUAAAAAGUAAGUACAAUUUGCAUAAUUAUAAAAAAUUAAGUCAACUUAACAGUUCCAAGAUACAAUGGGUUUACUUACAUUAUUUUUGUAAUGUCAACUUGUUUCUUUUAAGGCGAUUGAUUUACUCGUUUUAAGUAAUCACUUUUUACAGUGUGGGUAGGUUUAAGGGUGGGUUAAGAUGUAAGGGACGGUCAACAGUAUGUUUACAAAUGUAAUUACAGAAAUUAAGUACAGAUGUAAUUACAUGCAGGUAUUUAAUCAAGCAUAAGUACAAUGUAAAAACAUGUAUUUUCACAAUAAGUGCAUUGUAAUGAAUUAUUAAUUUUGCUGUAAGUACAUAUUAGUUAAGGCCGCUUAAUAUAAAGUAGAACCCAAUAUUCUUAACCACACGGGAAUGAUGUGCAAAAAUAAAGCCCCGCCUCCUACUCCAUAUUCAUUUUCAGUUGGAAGUACAUCAACAAACUGAAAUAGAAGUCUCUGCAACUUCCGGUUCAUGCAGACUUUAAUGUUGUAAAAUAGCUGUACACCAUUUAAAACGCUGGAUUCCACAUAAUUGAUUUGUAUUUGGAGAACAUAAAGAAAUUAAGUUAAUUUUUUAACAAAUUUAAAUGGAUUGAACAUAAAACAAUGAAAUUGUCACACAAAAAACACGUGUUGUUUCCGCUCAAUUUAAAUAAGUAGUUUGAACAAACAUCAAUGUUUUGUUUUGUGUGUGUGUAAACUUAUGGACUUAUUUUUUAUAUCUACAUGAACUUUUGAAGACUAUGAGCUGAACAGACUUUUAGUGGAAGGGCAAAAUUCUCUCUGAUCUGUGUUCUGAAAAACGGACGACCUGAUUUUUGAGUUACCGAUGACUGAAUUGUGUUUUUUUUAUAUACAGUGAACUAAUCUUUAAACUCGCAUCCCCUCAGUGUUUCCAAACCAGUGCUGACCUGGUAGCAGAACAUUUGUGGUCUCAAGUCAAGUUAGUCUUAGACGGACUUACAUGUGAAAUGCUGAAAUCACUCAAUGGCCUGUUUCCUUUUGAUUCGGUUUGUUUUGAAAUGUUGCCUUCAGUCGAGGCGGAUUAAUUGAGAACUGGAAUUUGAGGAAUGUGACUGAAAACACUAAAACAACACGAGGGGAAAAUAGACAGUGUUUCUAAUUGUGCUUGUGAUUUAAAUGUUGUCCUUCCGCAAUGGCGUCACUUCCGUGCCUGAACUGCAUGUCUAAAAAUGCCACCAUGAAACACAUCAGUCUUCUUUCUCUGUGCUCAGCGAUGGAAACUGCCUGGGCGGCAAACUGCAGUUUAACUGUUUACCAAAUGUGUGGAGAUUUAGAAUCUAUUUUGCAUAUGAAAUAUCAAGUUGCCAUGUUUGAGGAAUUAUGAUUUAGUUUUUUUCUUAUAUCCUAUAAAGUAUUGCUCAUGAAGUUACUCCUUAUGCAUCAGUAUCUUUUAAAGAACAUUACUGGGUGGGGAAAAGAGAGCUUGUGUUCGGUUUUUGGAUUUGGAGAUUUCAAAAAUGAGUCCAGUCCUUUCAAGUCCGUUUAAUUAAAUUGGCAAACCCAUGUGAAGGCCAAUGAAUGUAUAUCUUUGUACAAAAACAUUUAGCUCAGAGAACGUGGUAGUUAUGAUAGAUACAUGCAAGGAAAAACACAAGUAAAAUAACCUUUUAUAAGACUUUUUGUAUUAGAACAUUAACAUUGAUAAUUUUGUAUAUAUAUAUAUAUAUAUAUAUAUAUGAAGACUAGGCUUUUUUUGGUUAGCAGAAAGGUAAAAACAUUCCUACUUUUUUUAUGUAUGUCAAGAAUAAUUAUGUAAACACAUCGCGCAAUGUUUUAUGUGCCUUUUAUUUGGGUUGUCUAAAUAAAAGAAAA